UUAGAGAUUCUUCCACACCGUUUCAUUACGCAUCUUUUCGCAGCCUCAUUCGUUCCUCCUCUCGGCCGCUUCCUUCUUCCUCCGCUGCGAAUCGAAACCAAACACCGCGAAUCGAAACCAAAUUUUCUCCCAGCUUCGUUCUUUCCUUCUCCACGGCUUCAUUGUUGCUCCACUGCGAAUCGAAACAAAAAAUUGCUUAUCCAAAUCAAUUUCAGUUCACUCAAAUCCCUAGAACCCUAAAACCCAAAUUUCUCCAGAUCGUUCCGGAGUUGGACGGCAAACCCACAAAUCCAGAUCCAUAACUCAAUCGCUCUGUUCAUAGCCCCUUCAACUCGCCUUCGCAGCCAUGUCUACUCCUACAUCAACAAAAGGCAGGCUGCCUUUUUCCUCUUUGUAAAAUCUGUUGGUCUCUGUGUCUGUCUGUGAUUUAUCUUUCUCCAGAUUGCAGACAUUAAAGCUUAAAGCUUCUUAAAGGCUAAAGACGGUAAGUGAUCAAUUCCGGAAGCCAUUUUAUAGUAUUCAAUCAAAUUUUUGGGGGAGUGUGUCUGUGUGUGGGGUUUCAAAUUUGAAUGCGAAUGAGGGAUGAACGCCCACAAGUUCCAAAUCUUUGACUCUGUUCCUGCCUAGUGCGUGAAUAGAAGAAGCAAGGUCAGGGUUUCUCAUGGCAGCAAAGCGCGUGUACGAAGUCUGGAAAGGAAGUAAUAAGUUCAUCCUUGGUGGAAGGUUGAUAUUUGGGCCAGAUGCUAGGUCACUGCUUGUCACAUUACUAUUAAUCAUUGCUCCGGUUAUUAUCUUCUGUGUAUUUGUCGCAUGGCAUCUCCGGCAUGAAUUUUCUUCAUAUAAUGCUGGCUAUGCAAUUCUGGUUGUAGCAAUUGUAUUUACUAUCUAUGUGUUGGUGCUUCUUUUUCUUACUUCAGCCCGGGACCCAGGGAUUAUUCCAAGAAAUGCACAUCCACCAGAGGAAGAGUUCCGUUAUGACUCUUCAGUGUCCAUUGAUGUUGGUGGAAGACAAGUGGCAUCUAAUGCUGGUGGUAGACAAACUCCAAGCCUUCAAUUCCCCAGAACAAAAGAAGUGACGGUCAAUGGCAUUCCUGUGAGAGUGAAAUAUUGUGAUACUUGUAUGCUAUAUCGUCCGCCUCGUUGCUCUCAUUGUUCUAUUUGCAACAAUUGUGUGGAGCGCUUUGAUCACCACUGCCCUUGGGUGGGCCAAUGCAUUGGACAGUGCAAUUAUCGUUACUUCUUUCUCUUCGUUUCUUCUGCAACUCUGCUGUGCAUCUAUGUAUUCUCAUUAUCGGCUGUGUACAUCAAGAUUCUGAUGGAUGAUCACAGGACAGUUUGGAAGGCAAUGCAAGAAUCUCCUGCAUCUGUGAUUCUAAUGGCCUACUGUUUCAUUUCUCUUUGGUUUGUUGGUGGACUAACCGGCUUCCAUUUGUACCUUAUUGGUACCAACCAGACUACGUAUGAAAACUUCCGGUACAGAGCUGACAAUAGGAUCAAUGUUUACAACCGGGGCUGUUUAAAUAACUUUCUCGAAGUGUUUUGCACACAAGUAAAACCCUCUAGAAAUAACUUUCGAGCUUUCGUUGAAGAGGAGGUACAAAGGCCUCCCCCUAUGCCCAUUGCACGGGAAGCAGAACCUGAUGAAUCUGGUGGGGAUCCACGUUCAAAGGUUGAGGAUGAUUUAGAUAUUGGUGAAGAUCUGUUGAAGAUCUCACAGCGUCGUAACAUUGAAGAAAUUGAUGAGGACAUACGCAGUAGAGGGAGCAACGGACCUCAUAAUACCUCAGAGGUGCUCUCUGCUUUAGGUUCAGACCGGGCUCCCACUAUUCGAUCUGAUGCUAGGCACUCGAGUUGGGGAAGAAGUGGGAGUUGGGAAAUUGCACCGGACGUCCUUGCUAAUGUCAAUAUCACUGAAAGUAGAGGUCAUGUGACGUCGAAGGAUGCAGUUCAAUGAUGGGGUUAGUUUGUAUUAUUGAUUUUAAGAUGGUGUGCAUUUGGAUGAUCAGUGAUUAUUGGAUAGUCAUUUCCAGGUAGGGAAGGGAAUGCCAUGAACCCGAAACUCGCAAUUAUGCAAGGGAGUUGAAUGUAUUCCCGUCAGGUGUAAAAACAUGUGUGACCUUUUUGUGCGAAUGCGUGUUUGUAAUUGUUUGGGAAUGAAGGAAUAGCGUCGUCGUUGCCAUUUUUCGUGUCUUACUUUUUUCUAUUUUUCCUUUUUUACUGGUAGUAUUAUGUAACUAUUGCGACUGAAAUUGUGAAUCCACUUUGCUAUAAUGGCUUCAUUCUUUUGUGUAGACCUCCAUCUUCGUUAGUUCGUAUUCUGAACAAGGAUGGGCUUCCAUGUCCCCCUUGCUAGUUUGUUGUAUUGGAGGCGGUAAGGGGAGGACCCUGGCCUGCGCGUUGGGUGUUUAUCGUCUCCCUACUUUCUACA